AGUUCAGCAUGAAGAUGUAAAUGUUGGUGUGUUUAAUCUCCAUCGACUUGACUCGAAUAUUGUCAUAAGAUUGACCCUAUUAUACCUACACCAGAAAGAAAAUUGCCCUGCCUUAAGCCCUGAACAGCGAAAACAAAUAGACGAAAGGCCAGAGAAGUCUGAAAAUUGUGUUUCUCCUCCACUACUCUAAACUACAGAGUGACUGAAACCCGGGGACUAAAAAUGAUUUUAUUUUCUACUAAAGGAGUUUGUUUGAAAAUGACAUCAAAUCUUUUUAUUCAGGUUCUUGUUCAACUUGUGAUGUUAAGUGUGCUUUGUGUCAAACCAUCAACAACCACUGAGAUCGCAUCUUCCUCUGCUGCUGACGAUGAUGAUUAUACGUGUCCAGUUUGUAGCUGCCGAUACGACGGGACAUUUAUUGUUUGUUCUAUGGACCAGCUAAAUACCUCAUACCCCUUUGCAAACAUAUACGCUCCAGAAGCAACAUCGCUGUUCAUCACACAACGUGACGCAGAUGAAGACCGAUCGCUAUAUCUCAGAGACGGUUUGUUGGGGAGAGCCUUUCCAAACCUACACUCUUUAGAAUUUUCAACUUGCAGCAUUGGACUGAUAGAAGAUGCGGCAUUUGAAAAGAUGCCUUAUCUUCAAGAGCUUACAUUCUAUAAGAAUGGGUUACAAAAUAUUCCAACAUCUCUAAACUCAUUUGCGAAUUCUCUGCAAAAGUUAGAAAUUUCUUACCAAAGAAGGAUGACGAGUGUCGAUUUCAACGGAAUGAAUGACUUUUACAACCUUACAUCACUAGAUUUGAGCAGCAACAGCAUUUUGGAAAUCGGAAGUUACUCAUUUAGUGGACUAAGUAAAUUGCAGACAUUGACUCUUCAGAAUAACAAUAUCGGAACUAUUAAUGAUGGCGUAUUUGAUCCCAUCGAGAAUCUUCAGAGUCUCGAUUUGAACCUCAACAAACUUCACGCGAUACCUUCUACGAUAAAUAGCCUUAUCCACCUUGUAGAACUUGAUUUAAGUUACAAUAACAUUUCAGAUGUGCGGAAUUUUGAUUUUAUUGCAUUCAUGCCAAACCUGACCUCUUUGAAACUCCAAGGAAAUGCAAUCACUACAAUUGAUAAUGUUUCUUCAGAUGUUUUGUAUAACUCAUCAAAUUUAGUCGAUAUCCGACUUUGCGGCAACCCCUUUCGAUGUAACAAGGCGCUUUGUGAUUUUAUGUUCUAUUCCAAUAUAUACCUGUCAUUUUCACCGUACGAUCUUCUGGAUUCUAUAUGGGGGCCUUCUGUAAAAUGUACCUACUCAUGUGGCUAUCCAUUUAGGUUCUUGGGAAAAACCUUUGUCAAUGUUUAUGGAGAUCUUUGCAUAAGAAACCUAAAGCUACCGACCGAAGUACCGGUGGUUAUUCAGAAGAACAGAAAAUCUGUACGCGUUAUAUCAACAGUUUUGGGUGUUCUUAGCAGUGGUGGGGUUGUGUUUGGAUUCCUUGUCUUUUUCGCAUUUCGUCGCUUGAGACAUCGUCAUCGAGGUUUCAUCUUUGCUGGACAUGGGUUCGUCAAUUUCAAUAACAGAAGGGCUCCCGAUAUCAGGUUUGAUGCUCUUGUUUAUAACCACGUCCGGGAGAGCAAUUUUGUCGACGACCGUCUCCGACCAAGGCUUGAAGACCCACCGAACGACUUCCGUUUAUGCCUUCCUUUGAUCCGUGAUUUCCGUCUAGGUGCAAAGAAGUUGAACAAUCUGCGCGAGUCCAUGAUCGCCAGUAGGUGCGCCAUUUUCGUCAUCAGCGAGGCAUUUGUCCAAGAUGCCAGAUGCAAGCAGGCACUUGAAGUGGCGUGUGAGUUCUUGCAUCGGGAUGAUCUUGGGCCAGCGCACCUGAAGCAAACGGGACUGAUCUUGGUAAUUUUAGACCCAGUACUCUUGGAUGAACUGCCAGAAACCCUAAGAGUUCUAGUCGAUCGCUUGGUCACCCUGGAGUGGGAGAACAUCAAUGAAGAGCGUUGUUGGAGAAGACUUGAGAGGGCACUUGAACAAUUUAGAGAGCCGGACAAAAUAUGAAACGUGCACUAUAGCCCUGCUUGGAGAGGCUAAUGACCUAUACUUUCUCAAAUGCUUAAUUAUAUUCUGAAUAAGUGUCUUGAUUCAUAAUUAUCAGAUUAUUGGAGCCACUACGUUUCCGGUGCCACUAAAACAUAGCCAAAUAAAACAAACUUGAUAACCUUCAAUACAAUAGUAGACCUAAUGAACAUCAUGAUUGAACUUGUUUAACCAAUAGCGCUUUGAUAUAGAUUUAUGAAAGAUUCUUAGAACUGAAAAAAAAAAUCGUUUGUGAAACCAAAUGUUGAUUGUAAACUGACAGUAUUUGAUUAAUCAUUGAAUGUAAGCUUGAAAUUGUUAAAUUGUUUUAAGUUUUGAAAUUGAAUGUCCAUAUGUUAUAAUCCAUACGCAAUAAUGAAAAUUUGAAUUAUGAUUCAUUUUAAAUUGCUUUUAAAAUUGACUUUGAGAGAAAUUUGCUAAAAAAAGUGCAAGAAUGCCUGCCUAGUGGCGAGUGGCGACACGGGGGUGGGGCAUUACCCACUCCCCCUCCAAUAAGGAUCUGUGCCUCCUCUUGCCCGCACCAUAGAUUAUGAAAACUGACUAAAAUGUAUAUAGUUAACACUUUCAUAACAUCAAUCUAGAAAUCAUAUCGUAAACUUACUGACCUAGAUGUUAUUUUAGAAAUGUAUCGUAUAUUGGUCUUGACAGUCCUCCAGUAUUGUGUAUGUUCUUAUGCAAGACUGUUACUUCGGGAUCAAUUUGUCUUUAAUGAUUUUUUUUUCUAUCCACCUGUUUGGUUUCCAAUUCAAGGAUUAUGAGAGAAAAAGGGCAAACAUGGAAUUUAGGUUCAAAAUAAUUGCUCGAAAUGCUACUUUUCACCUCGAAAAUAUUUUCCUAGGUUUGCUCGAAUACAAAUGGUUUUGUAAUAUAAAUUAUCUUCAUAUCAGCCCCCGUUCCCGGCCCUCGAUGUCAAAUGAAGAGAUUUAAAAUAUAUCCCUGGAGGCUAUUUUUUAUUGCACUUCUAAGUGAUUUUUUUUCAAGCAAUCUACUUGAUGUCAAUCCCUCUCCUGCAAAAUUGUGAAUGUUCUAAUGAUUUUUAAGUAAACCAUAUUCGUUUGGAAUGAUAUUUCUAAUUGAUAUUUUCUGUGAUUCAUGUCUAAAACAAAGAUCAAUAUACUAUAUUUGUUAUGUAAUGAAAAAUGUAUUAUACGAAUGCAGAAGAAAACAAUAAUCAAAUCAAGUGAAACCAAUUAUUGC